ACAUCUUGUGAUAUAAGGACUUACAACAUGCCAAUGAAAUGUCCACCUUGGAGACCACGAACUCCGCCGCUUUGGAGAAGCCUCUUGGGGACGACGACAUCGGCGGAGGAGGGCGUUCAUAGGUCGCUGGAGAGGAGGUGGCAGAGGGCAUGCUGCGGGGAGCCAAGCUACAGAGGAACGUGUGAGACUCAGUCCGCAGAGCCAUGCAUGCUGAGAGAGAAACAGGAGAGGUUUGAGUAAACGCUCUUAUGGCCUGAAGAACCAAGCUUUUUAAAAAAAAAAAAAAAGGGCUGGGCUGCAGCAUAACCCAACCCCCACCGUUGUUCCGUGCCUGAGAGGGAAUUUGGAAUACUGAAAAACAAAGUCAGACGUCUAAGAAUUUCAAAUCCAUUACAACGACUAUCAAUUGUCGAUGUGUAUUUAGAUUCCUCUUUAGAACAUUUAAUGUAAGUGGAUGAAAUUCGAAAGCAAAAGACUAUGUCUUCAUUUCUCUCUUUUAUGUGAAGAGAAUCUAGAGAAACUAUUGCCAACAGAGACUAUUGGCAAAGAUGGCCAACAUUAAUAAACAGUCUUUCAAGGUCUGCUGCUGUUUCGAAAGAAUAUUCAGGUUCAAGGCGGCGGAGCCGCCUGAAGAUAUCAAGAAAAUUUUUGAUAAGUACGCCGAAAACAGCAUCAUGUCCCUCGAUGGCCUUCACAGAUUUCUGGUUGAGUUUCAAGGAGAAAGUGAGGCCACCAAAGAAGAUGCUCAGGUCAUUUUCAACAGUCUCAAGCAUCUCAACAUGUUCCAAAGAAAGGGCCUCCAUUUUGAUGCCUUCUUUCGAUAUCUCUUUGGUGAUCUUAACCCUCCAAUUUUUUCAGAGGUGAAUCAUAAUAUGAAAGCUCCAUUGGCUCAUUAUUUCCUAUACACUGGCCAUAACUCAUACCUGACUGGAAAUCAACUCAGCAGUAACAGUAGUGUCAAACCAAUUAUCCAGGCACUGCAACGAGGUGUUCGAGUUAUUGAAUUAGAUUUGUGGCCUAAUUCUAAAAAGAAUGGCGUCGCGGUUCUUCAUGGAGGGACUUUGACUCGUCCUGUUGAACUCAUCAAAUGCUUGCGUGCUAUUAAGGACAAUGCUUUUACUGCUUCUGAAUAUCCUGUUGUUAUAACAUUUGAAGACCACUUAACUUCACCUCUUCAAGCUAAAGUGGCCAAGAUGGUGACUGAAACAUUUGGAGAUAUGCUUUACGUCCCUGACUCGGAAUUUUUAAUGGAAUUCUCUUCACCUGAAAUGUUAAAGAGAAAGAUUUUGAUCUCGACCAAGCCACCAGAGCAUAAUGAACGUCAGAGGCGCAAGGACUCUGGAGGCGCCACUGAUAAGGACAAUGACGAAGAUGAUCGGGAUGAAGAUGAGGAGAAUGCUGAUCUACAAUAUAAGCAGUUAAUUGCAAUCCAUGCUGGAAAACCGAAAGGGGGGUUGGAUAUGUUGCAUAUUGAUCCCAAGAAAGUCAGACGUCUUAGCUUGAGCGAGCAACAACUCGAACGUGCAUCAAAAACUCGUAGAACAGAUAUUGUUAGGUUUACACAACGAAACUUAUUAAGGAUAUAUCCCAAAGGUACACGUGUGGACUCAUCAAAUUAUGACCCUAUGCUUGGAUGGAGCCAUGGAGCUCAAAUGGUCGCAUUCAAUAUGCAAGGACAUGAUAAGCACCUUCAUAUUAUGGAAGGAAUGUUCAGAGCUAAUGGAGGUUGUGGUUAUGUGAAAAAACCUAAAUUUUUACUUACCGGCAGUCCAGAUAAUGAGGUUUUUAAUCCUGAAAAAUCGUACCGAGUUAGGCAAAUCUUGAAGGUUAAAGUUUACAUGGGUGAAGGAUGGCAUUCAGACUUCCACCGCACACACUUUGAUCUCUUCUCUCCACCGGACUUUUUUGUGAGGGUUGGAAUUGCUGGAGUCCCAACGGACACACUAAUGGAGGAGACUAAGACAAUCGAAGACGAGUGGAUUCCAGUGUGGAAUCAGGAGUUCAACUUCCCAUUGAGUGUUCCAGAACUAGCUGUGCUUAGAAUUGAAGUUAAAGAGUACGACAGUUCUGGAAAUCAUGACUUUGGUGGCCAAAUAUGUCUGCCAAUAUCAGAGCUUAGAACUGGGUUCAGAGCAGUUCCUCUGCAUGAUAAAAAAGGGCAAGAUCCAAUACCUCCCCAAGUUAAGGGCAUCAAUGUGGUCAAUUGCAAUUCCAAUUCCAAUUCCGUCUCCAAAACAAUAUCUUUUGUAGUUAAAAAAUUAGAGAAGGACAUGGACGUGAGUUGGUCAGUCUCAGCUUCGAGCAACCGAGUACGUAACGCAUAAGCAUUGGAUUGGCAGAUGCUUCAAGAAACUCAGUGCUUCAAACCUGAUAACUUCUUUCUUUCUCUUGCUUAUAAAGCUUGGAACGUAAAAUGAAAAUUCUAGUGGCCUAGAUGAAGAAACCAUGUAAAACUCAUAAUUUCCUAAGGGUAUUAUCAUUUUGGACAUGCACUAUAUAAACACGACACCAAGUAGAAGAUCCUUCUUCCACUGAGGUUAGCAAUUGACCUCAAUAUUUUGUAAAGUUUAGUAAACCCUAAUACUGUACUAGGCUAGGCUGGCUAGAAUGCUAGACAACUCGAUACAACAAUGACAGGAUGACUCGAUGUUCAUAUUUGAACAUUUCAUCACACAGGAUCCAAUUUUUUUAAUCU